GACUUCGUAUUGGAGACAGGCUGGUGAAUGGUUGUCAACAAACAAGCAGAGAGGUCAAAAUGGAACCAAUUAGGAAAGACAUGGAACUGCUAAGUAACAGCAUGGCGACCUAUGCUCACAUCAAAGCCAACCCAGAGAGCUUUGCUCUGUAUUUCAUGAUGGGUGUGUGUUUUGGCCUGCUCCUGGCCCUGUGCCUCCUGGUCACCGGCAUCACCUGUAGGACCCGCCGCGCCAAGAAGCCAGCCCCCUCCCCAGAGAGGAGACAACUGAAGGAGUCCAGCGAAGAAGAGGAGGAGGAGGAGGAAGAGGAGAGUGUGGAUGUGGAAGAAGGGGAGGAGGUAGAGAUCCCUAAAGUGACGGUUGCGCCCAUGAGCGACCGCAGCAGCCAAUCAAACGGUACUUUGAGGAGCGUGAACGUGUUUGCGUCGGCGGAGGAGCUGGAGAGGGCGAGACGACUGGAGGACAGGGAGCGCAUCGUCAGGGAGAUCUGGAGGAACGGACAGCCAGAUAUACUGACCACUGGGACGGGGACCAUCGGACGGGUACACUAUCAUUAACAGAUUAAUGUGACUUAAGGACCUAAAACAUAUAGUCUUAACCCUGAACUAAUAAGGGUUUAUCUACUCCAGGCAGAGACUGUAGAGGACUACUUCAUUGGGCACAGAUUCACCUUCAUCUUUUAAUUAAACGUUUUUGUGUUUUUUUACAAACGUAUUUCAUUAUCAUUCAUGUACAGGCCUAUGACAAAAGUGUGUUGCACAAUACAAUGUAAGCUUUAACGUUUAAUUCUUCAAUGAGUAUUCCGAUUUUUUUCUUCUUCUUCUGGUAAGAAAAAAUUGAACGUCAUAACCACUGCUCCCAAUGGACACACAUAAUAAUCGACAUGAAAAAUACCCCACAAUUGAUUUACAAUGCAGACAGCUUGAAGAAACAACCACCAACAUUGCUGCCUCUUCUUGUAUAAUGUCAACAUUUGCUUAUUGACUCUUCUGUGGUUGUAACGCUGCUCCCACACAGUCCAACCCUCCAAGCUCCAACCCUCCAGGCUAAUCUUAGCCGGCUAGAAGUCUUCCCACAGAAUCCGCCCAGCCUUUAACCCAGCGUUAGCCGCCACCUCUGACCCCAUCACUUCCUGUGUUGCCCUUUCCAGUCCUGGCAGCCUCGCUGUAACAGCCAGCAGCUCUAUCCUCAUGGGAAGGAUUGUCGAGGACUUUAUGAAAAGGCCACAGAUACCUGUCCUGCGUCCCAAAUGGAACCCUAUUCCCUAUAAAGUGCUCUACUAUCACAGGAGGUUGGUGGUA